AUGGCCUUCAAAUCUGACAAGCAACUUGUUAAAGCUGUUGAGCAAUGUCAAUUGAAUAAAAUUAUUAAUCUCAUUAAGCAUGGUUAUAAUAUUCAUGUGCGAAAUACACUUGGAAAAAACUUUCUAAUGUUCAUCCUACAACAACAAGAUCCAUUAUUAGCAAAAAGACGCAUUCAAAUAUUCCGAUAUCUAAUUGAGAAGCAUAAUCUUGAUAUACAUUUAUUUGAUAAUCACCAUAAAAACGUUUUUAAUUGGACUACACAUCUUAAUUGUACUGAAGAAGCACUUUAUCUACUAAAUUCAUAUCCAGGUGAUAUUAAUAUACUUGAACGUGAUCAAUCAGGUUCAUGUUCAUUACAUUACGCUGUUGAACAUGGUAACGAACUUUUGGUUCACGCAAUUAUCAAUUAUCUUCUACGUUACCGAAUACGAUUUGAUAUCAAAGAUUCUCAUAAUAAUACUCCAGAAGAGUUGGCAAAAAAACUAGGUUAUAAUAAAAUAUUUAAUUUUCUUUCUCAAGCAUGUCGAUCAACAGUAUUCAUGUCAAGAGAAAUACCAGUGCAAAAAGAAAGACCAAAAACUAAUAAAUCAAACUCAUCGAUAAAAUCAAAUCGGAGUGCAAGAAUGAGUUUUUCAUCAUCAUUAUUAGUAGAUUCAUCAGAAAAUUUCAAUUUAUUAGAAACAAAAAUUAAUGCAGCAAAACAAUCGGAUGAUUGGAAAACAGUUGCAACAUUACGAAUGUUUAAAAAAAAUAAGAUCGAAGCAAAGUCAAAUAAUACAUUAAAUUCAAUUCCUGAAACUAAUACAAGCACAUUAUCUCUUCCUCCUCUUCGAAAACCUUCACCGUCCGAUCACGCCAAACAAUCUUUUACUCAACCAGAACAAAUGUUACACUUAAUGGAACCACAAAUAUCACUAUCUUAUCGACGACCAUUCAUACCUAUGUAUCCACGUUUGAUCAAUAUGAAUCCUGCUUUUCAACGUUUAGGAUGUGCACAACGUAAAAUGUCACAUGCUUCAUCUCGUCGAAUGUCAUCUGUAUCGAGUUUUCGUAAAAGAGACUCCGAAAUCAGCCAAAUAAGCACUGCUACAUUACAAGAUAUUCAAAUGCGUUAUUCUCUACCAGCAAUUUAUAAAUCGCACCGACAAUCAAUAGUAACAACCAACUGA